AUGCAAAACAUACCUAAUGAUGAACAAACGAUGAUUACAAUUAAUAAAUUAUCAUUGCAUUAUGAAGGGAUCAUGGAUUUAACUGAAAUGAAAGACAAAUGUAUGACACUAUAUCAAAAACAAUCCUGUUCAAUGAUUUGUAAUGUUUCAAAAGAAUAUCGUAGUCUAUUAGCGACCGAUAAAAAUCCAUUAAAUAUUAGUGAAAAGCAACCAUGUAUUGAUCGAAAUCGAGUUGGCAAUGGGAUAAAUGUUUUGUGUUUAAACAAUGAAUUUAAAUUUGCUACAUGUUGUGAUGUGAAACUUGAUUGUCUACGUGAUGAUGAUGAAUAUUGGUGUAGUUUACAGACUACGCUAGUUGGCGCAGUGGCAAAAAAAAUUAAGUUUUUGGACAAAUUCUGA